GUGGAUCUGAUUGCAGGACAGAAGUUUCAUGGAAAUGGGUCCUCUUCGUUACAUUCUGUUUUGCCAAAGUCAUUCCGUGAUCUUGUUAUGGAAGAAGAAAAAUGUAUGAGUGCAAAUAAUUCACCUGGUACUGGUAUCAAAAGAGCUGGAUAUAAAGGAACUGAGGAUUCAUCAGUCCAAAACACCAUAAAGUGCACCACUAGAAGUAUCCCAGGUUUGGAAGACCAUGUUCUGGAUUCUCCACAGCUUGAGAGUCAUAAUCCUUGGUCAGCAGCGUCACCAACUAGCUCUCCUGUGAUAGCUCCUGUUAUGUUUUCAGCUAUUGUAGAGGAAGAGCUCCAGCAAGAAGCUGCUCUUAUUUGGAGCAGAGAAAAACCUCUGGCUUUGAUCCAGAUCGAGGAGUGUGCUAUUCAAGAUUUAUUGAUCCACUAUGAAGCUUUCGACAACCCUGAUGAAUUUGUGACUGUUGAAAGGGCUCCGCAGGGACCUAUAGCAGCACCUAUGUGGAACAAGCACUAAUUUUCACUCUUCACAGUCCAUGUUGUAUGUGCACUUCUGAAGUUCUAAUUCCUCUUGCAAGUAGAACAGGACUGGAAGAAGAAGAAUCACAUAAUUUUUGACAUUAGCAUUAAAACACUGCACAUAAUCACUAGAUAUUUGUUAGAGAGAAUGGAAAUAACGUGUU